AUGCGCUCACCAAACCAAACGCUACCCAAUAAUGGCGCCACCAGCAGUACUAGGGAUAUAAUCUCAAGUAGAUUUUCUUCCGAUGUAAAAGAACAGUACGAUGGCACUGCACCCAAAUCUGAUUCGUUAGUAUUGCCGACACGCGACGACCAUAAAAUCAACCAUAACUAUAACCACAAGCAUAGUAUACAAGAAAACAUGGUAGAGCAUAUACCUGACCACACGUCAUUGAGAACUGGUGGCGAUGAGAAUGGCAUCAAGCACCUCGAUGUGCAAGAGUACUAUACUGAAAGCUUGAAGAACCCGGGAUGGCUCACGGUGCUUGCGACAUUCAUGCUCAACUUUUAUACGAUAGGCAUUGUAUCUAGCUGGGGUGUUUUUCAGGUCCUAUACCUGGAGGUGUAUGCUGAGCAAACAGAUGAAGCACAUGUUGCCUUAGUAGGGACAUCUAUGAGUGCACUCAUGUAUGCUCUUGGUUUGGUUGGCACACCUAUUAUCCAGCGACUUCAUUACCGUGGCACCAUCUUUCUAGGUGCUGUCAUUUGUUGUCCCCUCAGUCAUAUCCUUGCCAGCUUUGCUACUGAGAUAUGGCAAGUAACCUUAUUACAGGGUGUUCUGUUUGGCGUUGGCACAGGUUUUUGUUAUACCGCUUCCUCAACAUUACCCUCACAAUGGUUCGAAAAACGGAGAGCUCUUUCCUCGUGCCUUGCAAGUAUGGGCGGAUGUAUGGGUCCCAUGGUGUUCUCACCCAUAACACAAGCAUUGAUUACAAGUUUGGGAUAUCGCAACGCGCUACGUGUACUUGCUGCUAUUGGUUUCGCCAUUUCUUGUUUGAGUGUGGCCUUGAUCCGGCCACGAUAUUCAAAACCAUCACCACCAUCAUUGAGGGGAGAAAAGCGACAAUCUAAGUGGUGGCAACGUAUCCUAUCAUUGGAUCAAGCCAUGUUUACAUGGGAAUACAACUUUUAUCUCUUGCAUUCAUUCUUGGUGACGUUUGCAUAUGCAACACCUUUCCUGCUAGCACAAACCUAUGCAUCCGAACUUGGUGCUGAUCCCGCUUUUGCAUCCAUUUUUCUUUCGAUUAUUGAAGCAGCGAAUGGCCUUUCACGUAUCAUCUUCGGUUGGCUGGGUGAUCAAUCGAUUGGUCGCAUCAACGUUCUUUUUAUCGCCACACUCAUUCUGGUACGGAUUUUCACGUCUGUGAUUUGGCAAAAUGCAAUCACCAUUCACAUCUUUGUACUUUAUUGCGUUCUCUAUGGUCUGACAGGUGGUGUCUUUAGUGGAAUGCAGCCCGUCAUUAGCGCGGAGAUCGUGGGUAUUGAUAGAAUUCAAGAAGGUGUGGGUGUAGCAUACUUUAUGUCACUCUUUGGCUACUUGGGUGGAGCACCCAUAGCGGGAUCUCUACACAUCCAUUAUGGAUGGACCGCAGCUAUCCAGUUUACUGGUGCUAUGACGAUUGCAUCGGCAAUGGCUGUUUUGGGAACAAGGUUCUUAUUCAAUAAACGUCUGCUAGCAAAGGUGUGA